GCUGCAGUGUGUGGCGGGCAGGAGGAGCUGCGAGCGACCGGUGGAGGGGGCGAGGUAGGACCACAGCGACCGGAGCGGACCGGAGGACGGGCUCAGCUCAGUGCCAGUUGGCGAGUCACGGUGUGGGGAAGUGUUGAGUAGUGGUGUGUAGUGCAGUGUACGUGCACUAUGGAGGCCGUUUAGUGCUGGCACGGGACAGGAUACCGAGUAGGAUGCGUCUGUUCAAGCGACGCUGCUCCGACCCGAGUCCGCAACUGGUCAGCCUGUCACCGAUAUCCCAAGAUGUCAUUAAUGACGUCAUGCCUGACGAUAACACCUCCGUCAGGACACGUCACCACCAGAGGCCACCACCGGUGCCGGGGUCGAGCAGAGGCGCCACAGCAUGUGAUGGCUCCCCGAAGUCAAACAGAAAAGGACUUGCGACCUGGGGCAAGAGGGUUGGCCGCAAGUGGGAGCAGCUCAAGCGGAGCGACUCUUCGGAACUACUGGCAGUGACCCCAGGCAGACGGCGACACUGGUCACCCAACAAAUCUCCCCAGCCGCAGCAGCAUGUGGCGCCUGGAACAGCAACGCGCACUCGCCGCAUCUCCCGCGUCGAGUCUCUGCGCAACUUGUUCGCGGGACGCAACAGCAAAGUGGACAAGCAGACAAACACUGACCGGGACCCUGAGUGGGUCAAGGAGGAGUGCAAGCGAGGGCUGGCGGAUCUCUACCAGCUGAACGCCAUGCUCAUGAUGGACGAGCAGUUGUUGGAGUACCUGCAGAACUCGCUGGGGACCGAUGCGGCCAAAGCCCUCAGCUGUGAGGACCUUCUAUCGACUUUCAGGGCGGUAGCUAGCGAGGAGGAGUUGUCAAGCAAGAAGAAGAGGCCUUCCAAGUUGUCAGUGCUGACUGAGGAGAGCUGCAGCGCGGGAUCUCUCAAGCGGAAGGCAGCAUCCACUAGUUGUGACGAUCUGCUGGCGAACGACGCUGAGGUGCGUCCAAAAGCUACUGUCAGGAGUGUCAGUCUGUCUGAGCCUCCCCUGUCUGUCAGUGACCUCUGUUUGUUCCUCAACAAUCUGCUGCUCCUCCGGUCAGACGAGAGUGGUUACGAGAGCGACUCCACGCGGACAGGCUCAGACUCUCCGCGAGGAUCCAUCAAGUCCACGACUUCAGACUUCCCCGCGUCCAGCGGCCUACUGGAGUCCCGAAGAGGCACGGAUGAAGUGUACGAACAGCUGCAGGAGGAGACAGAGGAAGCAAAAGCUGCUGACAGCGUGUUUGAUGCACCAGAAGAAACUAAGCAGGUCAAAGAUGAGGAGAAACUGUCCUUCUCAAGGAAGAGGAACGCCAUCCGGCGAGGUGACGUUAAGGCCAUUGGCAGGCGACCGCGGUCAACGAGUGGCGACCCGGCAGAAUCACUGCUAUGUAAGAGAUGCAAACCAGAGGAGCUCAAGUGCAUCCGUGUCUGCAAGGACCUGAAAGGGGAGCUGGGAGUAUACAUUGAGCGGAAGGAUCCACACACGAGUUGCUACGUGAUCUCACGCAUCGAGCAGGGUGGACUCAUAGACAGGGAUGGCCGUUUUCACAUUGGUGAUGAAGUGGUGCAGGUGAAUGGCCAGCGAGUCCGUGGCAUGACACUUCAAGAAGCCCGUACCACACUCAAGAACUGUCCUCGGGAGGUAGAUAUCGUGAUAGCCCGGAAGGGUAAGGACAGUGACGCCAAGCCCCCAGCUGUGACAGGCAUGAGGAAGUUCUCAUACCAGUUCGACCACGUUGCACCACGACGACACACCUGUAAUGUGACACCCACUGUUGGGCCUGGACGUCGUGUCACGGCUGGGACGAUGCCCAGGAGACCCAAGUCCCUAUCUCUGUCUCUCUUCACUGUAACUUUCCACAAGGGACCAGGAAGGAAAUCCCUAGGAUUCAGUGUCGUGGGUGGACAGGACUCCCCAAAAGGUGGGAUGGGUAUAUUCGUAAAAACAGUGUUCCACUCUGGACAGGCAGCGGAGGAAGGCAGUCUCAAGGAAGGAGAUGAGAUUUUGGCUGUGAAUGGCAAGUCACUACAGGGUCUGACGCACUCUGAGGCAAUCACAGUGUUCAAAGACAUUAAGAGUGGGGAGGUGCUACUGCAUGUGGGGCGAAGGGACCCCCAGACACGCAGGGCCAGUAAAUCAAAGUCAUGUGAUGACUUAGACAAGUUCAACAGCUGAAUGACAGAAGAUCUCAGCACUACCAGAAGUGUGCAACUAAGGCUGCAGCGAGAUGUGCUUUCUGUGGAGUGUGUUGCAGUCACAUGAUUGCAUGAGAUUGGUGUCUUCUUGUUCAUAACACUGUGUAGCUUCAGAAGUACAUAUCUUUGUUUCAGAGCAACCUGUUGCCUCUGUCACUCUUCUACCCUGAAGAUGGGGGCAACAGGUUGCUCCGGAACUACCUACCAUCACCUCCAAGAAGACUGUAAUCAUAAUGCUCACCAACGUAAGAAGCCCAGAUUUCAUGUAUCACCUAACUUUCAGACCAGUCGAUUCCAGCAUCAUUCACAGUGACUGUAGAAUUAGUAUGUCAUGCAGGUGCCAUUAACAUGCUGGCCUCAUGGCCUCCCGCAGCAGAACAACAGACAGUUAGGGUUGAGCGGGGGACAGUCGCAGCAAGUAGAAUCACCAGCGCUCUCCACUUGUGCUUGGGUCUGUAUCUGUAACCCUGUAACACAGACCAAGCUGCCUGGACGUGACGGGAAGCAUGCCCAGAUAUCGUCCUGACUGACAUGUACGGUACGACUGACGUUUCCCAGCGUUACGUGUGUCCCUAGGAGUGUCGAGAGGCCCAUGACAAUCUGGCCGUGCUGCUUCACAUCCCCUCAGGGAGAGGCCGUCCAGCCUUCUCGGGCUUCUUAUUAAUGAACUGUAGGAGGGUGUCUUGCCUGUGACAAACUUGAGACAUCCUCUGGUAGUCAGCAAGUGCCACACCCUAGAACAUAUGGAACAUGGCCUCCAUGUCCCCUAUACGUGUGAGACAGUAAGAGUACUGGAGAGCCAGACUUCAAACCAUGGUUUUUCCCCUUUUGAUCAUUAUCCUGCAGAUGGGUCUGCGGCCACUCCAGGCUCCUGUCAGUGGCUGCUAGGCACUUUCCCUCCCACAGUAAAGUAACCAUGAACUCCAAGCACAGCCAAAGUUAACUCUCACAGGAGAGCACAGUCAUAUUUUCAGAAUAUGAAAAGGAAAAUUUAUGUGAGUUUUUUUAAUAGAUUUGGUGUAGUUCAUCAUAAAUAGGGGUUCAAGAAGGUAGGCAAGAGAUGACAUAUUUGGGGGGUUUCCACAAUUGCCAAUGCAAUUGCUAGGAGAUAAUCAGGAAAUUUUAAAACACUGCAUGAAAAAUAAUUGCACCUGAUCUCUCAGGAGUGCCCAGCAAAGGGACAAAAGUUUGCAGGGACUUCUACCUCCCAGCCACCAACCUUCGUGGUGGAUUGGGGCAAUGAGAAAUCAAGCCUAACGUGCACUGGCCACGUGUCCCACAGCAACUACAGCUCAGGCCUGUAGUCUAACUGACCAAACAUUGCAUUUAUUCAGUCCCCCAAGUUAAAAUUCAGCUACCAGCUCCAGAGGGAUUUAAAAUCCCCUAUUCCCAUAGGAUAAAGGUUAAGAGUGUUGGUAAUUAAAAUAACCAACCUGUAUAUACUGUACAGUUCAGUGGGAAAGUUACUGCAACAGUUCCUCUGUGUGUUCAGCAUGAAAGUGGUGUGGGAUUUCCAAUUUGCUUUCCAAAUCGGGCUGUGUAGUCGCAGUCCAGUGGUAUUGUGACUGUGUGCCCGUAUUGCUUGUAUCAGACUAUCUUGUGUGUAUAAGUCUUUAGUUACAUGUGUGUAUAUAGAUGAAUUUUGAAAUAUAUUGUAUUUUUA